CCUCCUCGACGCGCACAACAUGUAAAAACUGUAAGUGGCAUUGCAAAGAAAGUUUAGUUCUUUCUGAGAUCUCGCUGCGUUCGGUUAACCGAGAGAGCGAGAGCACACGCAUCGCAUCGAUCCCCGUGCCAGGGCAGCAACCAAAGAAGUAAAAGAAUAAGAAGAAGCAUCAAUCGAUGAUAUACUGUACACACACAUAUCAACACACAUUCACAGCAAUUACUGACUAAAGGGAUCGCGCGUCGAACACUUGUCGCUUGUCGCGUUGCGUUUCGGUGAUUGUGAAAUUCGUGAAAAUCGCAAAGAGAAAAAAAAGAACUUUCUGAUCGGACUGCGAGUGGGAGGGGUGCUCCGGGGGUGUAGUGUUGUAUUUUGUUGGGUGCGGGUGAUAUAUUAUUGAUUCCGCAUCGACUGAAUCAUCAGCCUAUAUUCUGAGUGCCGGCCACAGGCAACUGGCAACUGGCAACCAAAUCCGAUUCCAAUUCCAUUUCCAACUGGAGCGACACCGCCAAACAGCCACGCUUCAGUUAAUCAACGGACUUGCUUCCUGAUCCAUUAAGUGACCCCCAGACGACAUGACCAAGGAUCAGCAGGCCACGCCCAUACCCGAGGAGCUCUACAAUCUCACCCAGCUGGCCGAUGUUACACUGGCGGCUGGACCGCUGAGCACGGCAGCCAAAAACGCCAAAAUGUUGCCCUCAAACACUUUCUACGCCUCCUCCGACGAUGACUCCACAUACAAUUCGUACAGCCACAAGGUGUUUGAUCGCCGAAAAGUUCGUCGUUGCACCAUCUCCGACACCAAUUCCUGCGCCAGCAGCCAAUCCAGUGCUCAAUCUCACAGCAGCAGCGAGGAGCAGUCACCGGCACAGAACAGCAGCAGCUCCAGCUCGAGUUCCAGUUCCAUUCUGUUGGAUGAUGAGCACACGUGUCCCGAGUGCGGCAAAAAGUAUUCCACCUCCUCCAAUCUGGCGCGCCAUAGACAAACCCACAGGUCAAUUAUGGACAAGAAGGCGCGACAUUGUCCGUACUGCGAAAAGGUGUAUGUGUCGAUGCCUGCUUAUUCGAUGCAUGUGCGCACCCACAACCAGGGCUGCGAGUGUCAGUACUGUGGCAAGUGUUUCUCCCGACCCUGGUUGCUGCAGGGACACAUACGCACACACACCGGAGAGAAGCCGUUCAAGUGCAACGUGUGCAGCAAAGCCUUUGCGGACAAAUCAAAUCUGCGUGCUCACAUUCAGACGCAUUCGAACACGAAGCCUCACACCUGUGCACGUUGCGGCAAAGCUUUUGCCUUGAAAUCGUAUCUGUACAAGCAUGAGGAAUCCUCCUGCAUGAAGAAUCGCAGCGAAUCGUUGCCACGUGCCACAGCCAAGCAGCAAACGGAGUUGGAAGUCACAGCAGAGACAAUGACAGCAAAGUCAACAUCAUCUGUUUCUCCAGAUUCAGCAAAGUCAACGCUGGCACACAAGUUGCUGCAGAAGGAAAAAGAUCGCAGACAAGCUCAGGCCAAAGCUCAAGCUGCUCUAGCUUAUGCUUAUCCCGGAACUCACACCGAUUCCUUUGGCAUCUACGAGAGCUUCAAGCGCAAUGCGGUGUUGCAACCAACUGUGUUGCAACAUCCGAGUGCGGUGUACCAAGAACAUUUGUUGCCGCUGUCACUGCCACUGCCGUUGCCCUAUCACCAGCACUUUCCACAUGCCACAACAGCACCUGCAACAGCAGCUACAACAAUGCCCAACAAUGUGGAGACGGAUCAAGAGCAACCAGUUGACUUUUCACCCAAAAACAAUUUCACACACUCGGCCAAGACGAGUCCAUUCGAGCUGACCGGCAACUAUGCCAUGGUUGCCUAGCUUACAUAAGAAAAUCAAUGCCCCGGUCUGACUGUAAAAGACAAAAAAAAAACUGUUUGAGAGAGAGAGAGAGAACUAAUUGAGGAACCACACCAAAAAAAAAGCAGAAAACAAAAGUAAAACCCAUUUUGCAUUCGAUUUUAGGAGCUUACUGUAGUAAACAAAUAUGUGAUAAAUAUGAGAAAAGAGCUAAAGUACCAUUAUAGAGAGUAGUAGACGAUUCCAACAGAAAUAAAAACAAAAAACAAAAAAAAAAAUAAUAAUCUGAAUAUCGAUCGAGGGAAGCAGCACGAUCUGCGCUUAGUUGUAACGAGGAUUUAGAGACUUGCAAAAAAUGUUACCAGUAUUUUUUUAGCACUACUUAAAACCACAAGAAAACCAAAAACAAAACUAAAACAAAACCAAAAACAUAUAUACUUAUAUAUACUCUAUGCGAAUAUGGAUUUUAUACAACCAGACGACGGAUCCCCAGUGAUCAUCACAGAUAUUAGAAUAUAACAUAUAAUACACAUACUCUUACAUCUUACAUACAUAUAUAGAUACAUACAUAUUUAUAUUACUUACCAAAUAUCUUUACGUUAUAAUGAUUUCUUUGUUUUUAAGACAAAUUGCGACAAUUUCCUGCUUCACAGCACGGAAGUCCAACGAGCGAAUCUCUAGUCUUUCUUUAUCUUUAAACCCGGCAGCAUUGCACCUUCCCCUCUGCCUCUGCCUCUGUCACCACAAUCUCUGUUUCGGGGGCAGUGGCAAGGUGAAAGGGGAAUCCUCCCCCUCUGUGCAAGUGUCGGCGUUAUUUUAAGCACAUUACGGCCGCAUGUGGUGCAAUACGAAUUGUCAUAACUAUAACACUAAUUAGCCACACACAUACUUAAUUAUAUAUACUUAUUUAUACCUAUAUAUAGUGCAUAUAUAUUUUUUGUACAUUUGACAUAUCUCUAUCUAUUAUUUUGUACAUUUUUGUAGCUCUUAAUAUUAUUACAUUUUGUUUGUUUUUUCUUUUCAUUUUUGUUCUUUCUUGCGUUGUUUGUAGAAACUCACUGCAUUUUGUAUACUCAACGACACCUACAGCUAAACAGACCAAAGAUAUUCAAUAUACAGAUACUUAUAUAGAUAUACUCGUAUAUAUAUAUGUACAGAGAGUACAUUAUGUAUUAUAGAAUCGCACAUUUAUUCAAAAUAUUAAACGAGAGAUCCACCGAUCCCUGAAAA